GUGCUUGUGCCUUCGUUCACAGAGUCAGUUGCAUUCUAGCUUUGGCGAAACAUUAGUUAAAGUGCUGUCACAAUGAGUACAGACGUUGCCACUUUGGAGAAUGAAGUCAAGGAAUUCAAGCUCCAGCUUGAAUCUGUUCAAUCAAGCUUGCAGGUAGACCCAGACAAUACAGAGCUUCAGAGCCUUAAGACUGAGCUUGAAGAACUUAUAUCACUCACCGAACAAUCUAUCGCCGAACUACGACCCUCCGUUCCUGAACCUCCCAAGGGAAAGCCAUCACACCCCCCCGUGAAGGAGAAAUGGUCAAAGGAGAACCAUCCGGCGUACCAAGCCGGUUAUCGCAAACCUGCCCCAGAGACCCCUCCAGCAGAGGAGUCUCAGUCCUCGACGGUUUCGUUUUCCGUUAACGACAAUGUACUCGCCAGAUGGGCAUCCGGAGAUAACGCUUUCUAUCCGGCGAGGAUCACAUCGAUCACAGGCUCCUCCACUAAUCCAAUCUACAUUGUCUCCUUCAAGUCAUACUCCACCACCGAAACCUUAACCGCAAAAGACAUUAAGCCUAUCUCUAAUAAUGACACUCGGAAACGCAAGGCUGAUGGGAUAUCAGGAACCCCAGGCCCGCAGUCCCUGCCGGCAAACUCCAGCGUCAUAUCCGCUGCCGCUGAUAUCAACCCUGCCUUGGCCAGCAAGGCCCGUACUGAAGGCGUUAAACCCGCUGAUGGGUCGCGUCCCGCGAAAGUGCCUCGAAAGGUUAAGGGAAAGAGGGAUUUAGAGGCGGGAAAGGCCAAGUGGCAGGACUUUGCCAGCAAGGGUAAAUUCGGAAAGGCCACAAAAAAGGAGAGCAUGUUUCGUACUCCAGAAGGAAUCAAUGCUCGAGUUGGCUUCACCGGAUCGGGCCAGCAGAUGCGUAAAGACCCCACGAGAAGUCGACACGUAUACCAGCAGGAAGAAGAUACCUAUUAGACUCCAGCGAUCCUUCAUUUCCUUCUUCAAUGCCCGCCUAGCGUUUACCUGCACGGAAUUCCAAUGACGCUACACUCUUUAAUCCUUACCACGAAGCGAGAAGCAAAAAAGAACCAAGGAUCCAUGGAGCACUGUUUUCUUUUGCUUAAGUUCCUGCAGCUAACUUCACUACCUGAUUGGUGCAGGACCAGUUAUCAUAAUACCUUCCGGAGUCCACGUCUUCCUGGAGUUCAGUUGUCGCUGGCGUUCCCAUAGGCGUCUUUUUAUUGGCGCGGUUUCGAGGGUAAUAAAUCUAGUAUGAGUAUU